CUCUAAUAAGAUGCAGAGACCACCGUUCCAUGCGGAAGAGGAUAUAUAGCCCCAAACCCCUUCGUCAGUGUUAUGUACAGUCUGUUAAUACGAACUGACUUUUAAAACCUGCUAAAUAUAUGCCAUACAAUGUGCAACGGCUGUGUGCAAAAAGAGUAUCCCGACCGGGGGAACACUUGCCUGGAGGAUGGCUCUUAUUUGAUGAACUACCUUGGCUGCGUCAACUGCCAUCAGCGGGACUUCGUGCUGAUCAGCAACAAAACCACGGAGGAUGAGGAUGGAGAGGAGAUAGUCACAUAUGACCAUGUUUGUAAAAACUGUGACCAUGUCAUUGCAAGGCAUGAAUACACCUUCAGCGUUGUUGAUGAAUAUCAGGAGUACACAAUGCUCUGCAUGCUGUGUGGAAAGGCAGAAGACUCCAUCAGUGUGUUACCAGAUGACCCAAGACAGACUGCACCUCUCUUCUAGACCCCAAACCGACGGGUCAUGAUCGAGUGUUACUGACAUGGAUGUGCUGCUGGCUUCAGGGCUACAAUGGUUUUAUCAUCCAUCCAAAUUUUUACACAUAGUUUCAAACAAAUUCCUUAUAUUUCAAGCCCUUUUAAUGAACUACUGUAUGCUGAGGACACACUAUAUUCAUUCCCUCCAUGACCACAUUAAACUAUCAUGUCUUUAAAUUUAUAGUGGUUUUAAAUAAACUUUUUAAAAAGCUUU